AUGGGUGGUAAUCUCGUUUACAGGGCCCUUGCUUGGGGCGGCGAUCUUUUGCUGCGUGUUCCUCAUUGUGAGGAUCAUCACGAUCUACUUCCCGGAGCGGGGGGCCUAUACCCCCAAGGACAUCGAGGAGCUCCGGGUUCACAUUCACAUUCGCACUUUACUUUGAACAUGCCGGCCAUUCCACCCCAGCCCUCAAUCCCGACCAUCGCCAUGGCGUCAAUGCCGGGAAUAACUUGCACCGCACACGGGCCUUGGUGGGGCCCGAUGAUCAACUAUAUUGUUGCGGCCAUUGUGACUGCAUAUGCCUUGAUUCGGUUGUCUGGUGGUGGUUUUCUAUUCGAGUUCGUUAUUGACUUUACCGAUGGCAAGCCAGUUGUGGAUCUCUCCGUUAGCCGACAAGCAGACACCAGCUACGAGUUCAGACAUCUGGCCUACCGUCGAUCCUGGGGCUCUGAAGGGACAACUGUUGGUCCCCUCAGGUUAAGUCUCUGA